AUUGGCGACAUAAUGUAAACUUCAAUGUUGUUUCCUAUUUUGGGGGGGGGGUUCAAUUUCGAAGAGCAUUUAUCCAGGUACUAUGUAAUAUUCAAGUAUCUAGGUUGGUAAUAUGGCAUGGCAUUGGAACUAGGUAGGUACACGAUAGCAGUGGCUUGCUUCUUACGGGUAAGAUGAACUACGGUAAUCGGUAAGGCCCGUAAAUUUGCCUAGAUUAGGUAAGCAAAGCCCCUCCUCCACAUACAUACAUACAUACAUACAUACAUAUAUGUACCUAACGUAAUAAUGUACGCAUAUGUAUGGGGUACCUAUCUUACCUAGGUACCUAUUCUCUACCACUCAAAUAGCACCACGACUUCUAUGCAGCUCACCCCGGCCCUUCGUCCAUCUCCUCUCGAGAAAUCAAACCGAGAGCGAAACAACAACAUUAUACAAAGCUCGUCUCCGGUUCGAACCACAUGUCCCGCCUACGCGCCGACGAAUCAUCCUAUUUCUCUAGCUCCGGCGCAGGGAAUCACAUCCAUUAUCUACGAGAACGGAGAACGUCGAGCCCUUCCUGUUGGCUGGCACAGCAUAUCGCUUAAUACUACUCGCAAUCAGCCUAGCUACUGGCCUGCUGAGCUUGUCUGGCUUGUUCUAGCUUGUCUAAGCACUUCAAGCAUCGUCCAGCGUAUACAUCUCUCGUAUAUACACCAAGCCUGCAUCUUAUAGAACAUGGCAGACACAUCAUAUCCUUCGACCUCCCCGCCUCCUCACCUUCGUAGUCGCUCCCCUUCUCGUAUACAGAGUCAUCCAAAGACUAGUACCGCCACCAGUAGCUCUCUGAAUCAGAGCAAUUUUCCUCGGCGCUCACCACCCUUUACUUUCCCUCCUGUUUUCCCAAAGAUUAGUUCAUCCACCUUUCUUGUGCCGAGCACUGCCGAAGGAAGACCGAUCCCCCUCGACGACUCUACCGCUGCUCAUCGUACUACUGCCCUACGCCAGCUAAGUCGCUCUCAACCGUCCUCACGCCAGCGCUACUCGAGAGCGAAGCCCCCACCCAGCGCCAAGAGCUCAGCAGCCGGGACUUAUUCACAGCCAGUCGUGGUGCGUACGUAUCCAGGAGCAUCCUCGUCGUCGACAUCGACAGUAAGGGGCCCAAUCUCCGUCUCCAGCAUAACCUCUUCACAAAAUCUAUCGUCCCAGCGUAUUAAGCGAAACAGUACGAUGAAGGACAAGGUGCGACGUAAGGGAACGGAAAAACGGCGUGGAACGGUUGAUGCCAGACUGCCGCCACUUGAAUCAUUCACCUUUAAGAGUAUUAUAGUAGAUAUACAGCAGGAUGUUGGUGCAGAUCUAGACCGGAUAGCAGAGAUCUGUGCACGCACGAAAUACUCUCUAAGCAACCAGUAUGAGGUCCAUAUCGCCCCUCAGGGAGCAGGGUCAGGAAGCCUAGGACCUCCAUCUACAUCUCUAAGGCAUCACGUUUCCACAGCCUCUACGCUACAGGCGAUAUCGAGUGAUGAUGAACAUGCUGGACCCAGGCAGAGGAAAAGGAGAGGCGCUACUCGGCGAAGGGAUACUGCCUAUGGUACUUUGGAAACAAUUAUGAGUUCGAGCAGGUCCUCGGACGAAGACAGAAGCAAUAAAAAACCGGCCGCUCAGAUUAUAGAGGAAGUUUGUCGUGCUACUGUUGGUACCAACGAUGAAAGCGCCAGUGCGAAUAGCACGGAAGCCCAAGCUAGCAGUGAACACCAGGACAAUAAACAAAGCUCUUUCUCGUCAAAAUCGGGUAUAUUUGCAACCGCCAUUAUGGAUAGGUCUAGGAGCCAGGCGCAGGGCAAUGCUGCUUCACAGGACACACGUGGGGUGAUCUUACUUAGCGGUCCAGCAGAGCCACAAACGUCACAAAAUCAUCUUGAAACCAAGACAUCGCCCAUAGGAUCCGCUGGGAGAUGUUAUGCGCGUGAAUCUUUAUCGAGCGUACCACAAGUAGUGGCAUCGAAGUCGGUAGCUGCAGCAGAUAUUACUACGCCAGAAGAUCCAAGAGGUCCUUCAGGUCGGUUAUCUGGCUUUAGCGCAUGGAUGCCUUGGAAAGGUGCCAAGCCUGUUUCUAAUAUAGAUCCUGAGGUGUUUAAAGGGUAUUCAUCUUACGCUGAAGGUACUUUAAGGGAGUUACUUAGGUCUAUAGAAUAGGUUAAUGACGUAAUGAAAAAAAGGGCUUAAUUUAGGUAUGUCCGAUGUUACAGCUGGUUUUAUAAGAGGGCUGCUUGACCGUGAGGUUUAAAAUUAAGGUUUUUCUUUUUAAUUUAAUUAUCGUUAAAAGUAAAAUUAAAAGUAGUAAAAAAUCCGUAAGGGAUUUAAAUAAUUAAGUUAUAAGCGUAUAAGCCACG